AUGACGGGUAAAUCCGUAAAAGAUGUUGACAGAUACCAGGCGGAGCUGACCGCCCUGCUGCUGGAGGAGGAGAACAAAUACUGCGCUGAUUGUCAGGCGAAAGGUCCAAGGUGGGCAUCAUGGAAUAUUGGAGUUUUUCUCUGUAUUCGGUGUGCGGGUAUCCACAGAAAUCUUGGAGUCCAUAUUUCAAGAGUUAAGUCUGUCAAUUUGGAUCAGUGGACAGAAGAGCAAAUACAGUGUAUUCAGGAAAUGGGAAAUGCUAAAGCAAACCGAUUGUAUGAGGGGAACCUGCCAGACGGCUUCAGGAGACCACAAACAGAUCAAGCUAUUGAAAGUUUCAUCAGAGAUAAGUAUGAGAAGAAAAAAUACUUUGAUAGAAGUAUUGAUAUCAAUGCAUUCAGAAAAGAAAGAGGUUGCUUAUGGAAGAAGGAGAAUGAACCCAGCAAAGAGAAAAAACAGGAGCCGGUGAUUUUUGAAAAGGUUAAGCUGAAAAGAGAUGAGUCCCAGCAAUUCAAAACCAGCCCACCAAAAUCUUCUCAGCCUGUGAUUGAUCUUUUGGGUCUUGAUGCUCCAGCUUCAGAAAAGAAGGUAACAAGUGGGAGUAUUAGCAGUGAACUUGACAAUAACUUGGACUUCUUUACAACAAUGACAGUGCAGAAUACAGACACCAGUCAACCAAUUGGAAGCACCUUGCCAACAAGCAGUACUACCAGUUCUGUAGCAGAAAACUUGAACCUGUUUGCUGAUCCUGGAAUAAAAUCUGAAGAUUCAAGCAAGAAACAGCUUUCAAAGGACUCAAUUUUGUCACUUUAUGGCUCUCAGGCAACACACAUUCCAGCAAUUCCUGCUCAAGGCAGUGUGUAUAUGGCUCCUUCUCAGAUUGGUUACCCAGCUGGCUACAGUCACUAUCCAACUUUAGCCCCCACAGGAGCCAUGAUUGGGGGAAUGAUGGCACCACCAGUUGGUAUGAUGCCUCACACAGCCACUCCUGCGAUUGUCAAUCAAAUUCCCAUGCCACCCCCUGGUUAUAUGGGUAGUAUGCAGACUGCAGUCAUGAGUAUCCCUAAUGGCAUUAUGACAUCUCCAUCAGGAAUGAUGGGAGGACUAACUGCUGUUCCACAGCCCAUUUAUGGUGUUCAUCAGGCUCAGCAGCUCCAGUGGAAUAUCACACAGGUGACUCAGCAAAUGGCUGGAAUAAACUUUUAUGGCACUGGCAAUGUAAUGGGUUACAGCCAGCCCAUGGGUGGUGGAACAGCACAAGGGACCAACCAAGUGCUUGGUACACACUCGUGGAAAUGAUUAGCCCCUUGAUUGUAUGUAUCUUUCAUUGCUCUGGGCAUGUUGAAACCCAGUUACCAACUCAUAUGUGACUAACAAAUUAUGUAUUUUCCUUUCAAGAUCAUCUUGAUCAAAGAAGGGGUAACAUAUCUAACCAGAAUUCACAAUGAUAUUUCCAAACAUGGCUUCUUGUCACACUUUGUUUGGGUACUGCUUCAGUUUGAGGUUUUUGUCAUGGGAAGUACCACUUAGAGCCAACACUGAUUGUAUGAAAAAUUUACCUCCAGGCAAUCAAACACAAUGCUGUUUGUAGAAACAGUUUUGAGAAUGUACUGCACAUACUGUCUGUGAAACCUUGGCUUAUCUAGAUGACUUUAAUUUAGUCACCGUCUUUGUUUUACUGGCAGAGAUUAUAUCUGUUUCUUCUCUGUUGACUUUUUGUCCUUUACAGCACACCUUUUGGAUUUUCCUUUUUUUGUUUUCUGUUUAUACAGUCCCGGACCAUGCUGUAAACAUUCCUGUAUCCUAAUUAAUUAAUAAUUUUAAGCAUAUUAAGAUAAGUACCAUACUUCAGUCCAACUACAUGCAUACAUUAAAGAAUGUUGUCAUAUAUCGUGACAAUGCAAAGAUGAGAUCUCUGAAUGUUUGGAUUGUAAAAGACAGGGAAAAGAACAACAGUCCUAUAAAAGGGAAAGUGUGUAUUUAUCUUUGUGUUAUGCAUAUAUGAAAUUUGCUAUUUAUCAUAUUUUUCUAUUAUUUAAAUAAAUAUUUUCUCUAGUAUUAUGAGUAAUUAUCAUGGACCACAUGCAAACCUGAUGCAACUGUGCUUAUCUUGAGUGAUGCUAAUGACAUACCAAAGAUAUUCCAGUGGUUACAAGUAUCUACUGCAUUAGGUGGUUUACUUGUGCUUCUGAAAUCAAAAAUAUCCUCAAUGUUUUAAUGCUGCACCUUUAUAUUAAAAUGUGCUUCACUGAACUUCUAUGGAGCCUUUUAGUCACAGAGUUUUAGAAGCCUUAAUGAAGUUAAUAUUGGAAUGUAAGUAUUUAAGCUUUUCAGUAAGCCUAUAAUUGAGAAAACAUUUGAAAUGUUUUGAUCCCAGUGCAUGCCUUAGGAAAAACAUUUCAGUAAGGGGUCAUGGAAUAAGGUCUCACAUAAUAGAUGCCACCUUAUCUUACUGCUUUUCAUUUAUUUAUUUAGUUUUUGUUUGUACAGUGCGCUUCAAUAAGAUUAGGGUUCAACAAGUGCUUUGAGAACUUGCUUUUUAAGCUCUCUCCCUGCUAUGGGGUUUCAGCAUUAUUUUGUAUCUACAUAACAAACUAAUAAUUUCUGUUUAAAAUUUCGAGCAUACAUGUCUUUAUUCCAGUGUAUAAAGAGUAACCCAUAUACAGGUGAGAUUCAUUGAUAUUUAUGGAAUGGAUGCUUUCAAACCUGAUAUAUAAAUUACAUACAUACAGUGUAUCUCUAUCAAACUUUUAGCCAGGUUAAAAGACAAUUGUAUGCUAAGCACUAUUGUCUGGUUAACUUGGUUGAGCUGUGUGUAUUUGUGUUUUAUCUGCCUUUCUUUACUUCUUAGAGAUCUUUUCUAUGUGCACAUUUAAAGAUUAGCACCUGUAAAAAUGUGUGUAUUUCUUAAUAAAAUGAGGUCUUAUGUUAGAGCAAGCACUGCUCUAACACAAAUGUUCAAUUCUGAAGUUCAUAAAAAUUGAUCUGUUACAAGUUUCAUUUGCUUGCAUAUACACAAAAAUCAAUAUUGAGAAUAAGAGACUAAAAAGCUUGUUUUCUUGGCCUGUGCUAGGCAGUCUUCGUUAUCCAAUUUAGCAUUAGGUGCAUGGUGCACUGAACAGCCUAAAGAAGUCCAUUUGUUUUAACAUCAUAUUCUUCUUCAUGGAAUCUUGUGGGCAGUAAGUUAUAGGAAUACAGUAAUUGUUGACCAGAUUUCUAUUUUAAUUUAAAUUAUAUUUUCUACUCUUUGUUUCAUUCUAGAUACAUUUCAGUAGACCCCAUUUUGAGUGUGUUUUCUUACUAGUAUCAACCCAAAUGCAUAAAACAUUUUCUAUUUUGUAUCCAUGUUCUUUUAUUUUUUGAAAAGGUGUAAAAAUAUCAAGGCGCUGCAACUCAAGCAAUAGUGAGGCCUAUAUUGUCAUGGUCUUUCAGAAAGUCAAUUGUAAUGGUGAGGACAUGUUAUCGUUCUGCAACCUGAAAAUCUUGUGAGAAUCAACCAUUAUAUGUGGCUGUAAAACCUAUCUGCAUGUGUAUAAAAUGCGAACUCAUAAAAUACAUAACAGGUUCUUACAGGACUUCUGUUUUUCUCUUUUCUUUCAUUCUAAUUUAUUUUAAGUAAAACUGAUAUCCAAACAGAUUUUCUGUUUGAUGUGUUUCACAAGAAUUUCUGACAUAAAAUAUUGUCAAUUUUGUCCUAGGUGCAUUACAGUUCUUACUCUGUAACACUAAAGGCCUUGGGAAAAAUAAAUAGGCCUGUUUAAAGCUUAGCUUGUCUAAAUGUAAUGUUAAGGCAUUGCAGGUUUUCAUGCCAACCACUCCUCCAUUCCUCAGUUUUUAAAUGUUUGGAGUCCUUGUUCUGACUGUACUAGAUUGUCACCGUCUGCUUUGUAAUUGUAACACUAUUUUUUCCCCCAUACAGUACAAGCUGUUUCUCCAUCCAGUUUAAUUUCUUAAUCUUUCCCACAGCCUUUUGUAAUUCCUUCUUUUCUCUUUCAUGUACUUGCACAGGAAAGAUCAUUCAUCAGACUUUCAAUAUUUGUUUCCUUGUAAGCUUAUUCACAACAUAUAUUGUCGAUCACCACUAUGCUGUUUUUUUUAAUACCAUCACUAAUUUCCAUCAGAGUUUUUUAGCUGGAAGAUGUACGUGUAGCAAAUUCUUUUAAAUAUGAAUGCACCAUCACGUGAGCCUGCAUUAGGUUCAUCUGACGUUUCUGAAUCCACAUCUACAUGUUCUUAGCACUUGCUGAUGCUUUUCUGUCUCUGCCUACCUGCGUUUUUCUUUUCAGCUGCACGGACUCUUCACCGAUUGUAAUGCCUGGUCUUUGAGCUGUCUUAAAUGUCCACCUUCCUUUUUAUACUCUCCCUUUUCUUUUGUAGUUUUGUUAAUGUUUUAUUUUCAUCAUUCAAAAAAGAUAAAAAGUUAUUGUGGCAUCAUAAGAAGAAUUGAUGAGUGUCUUUAAGUGUCUUCUCUGAAAUGAGUUGUACCAACAGUACAUAAAAACUGUCAGGUGGCUCAGAAUACUAGAUAAUGAAAGUCAAGUGAACAUUUUGAUAACGUGAAUUGUUUUAUGCAAUCUACACUCAUAACUUCCAGUUUCUUACAGUAGUUUAGGGCUUAUAACAUAUUCUUUUUUUUUUUUGUCAGUAAUGUUAUAUGAUUUGUAUGCUUUUGACGUUCAUUUGUGGUCAGUCAAACAGAAUAAUUAGUAUGUGCUGAUGUGCAGUUUUGUAAUGUACACUGAAAUGGGUAAAAGUGUUUUGUGCCCUGGCGUCUCUUCUCAAUAAUGACUCAUAUUGGCAACCGGGCCGUGCAAAUUACACGCAGAUGGCUAUGGACUUUGCUUUUCUUUAAACUUGGAAAGUCGUCGCCUGGUAGUUGGAAUCUUGUAUGAUAUAAAAUGAAGACAUAUCCCAGAUUACAGAAAUAUUGAUAACCCUUAGGGCUGAAAUUAUUACUGCAGUUAUACAUUUGUCCUUGGGGGGGCACCAUCAUUUGCUUGGCAGUCUUCAUGGCUAUUUUUGAUUAUGCAGUUCUAUUUUUGUAUACUCUGUUACACUGAUUUUUUUUUUUUUUUUGUUAUUUUUGUAUCAUAUGUUUUUACUCCUGGGUUUUAAUAGUAUCCUAAGUUCUAAAAUAAUGUGAUCAUUGUGGUUGCUCAUCAGUUCAACAGGUAGAUCUUGUCAAACUAAUCUAACCUCUUGUCCCUCCUGUUUUGUUGCAAGUGCUUGCCAGUAAAGCUAUAUAUAUCAUUAAAUAGGUUUAGUAGAAACUAUUUGUGGUCACUUGUAAGCAAGUAUGUUUGCCACAAAUAAGAUGUGCUUUUUUCCUGCACAAGAAUGAGAUAUGCAGUAGUCGAGUGCAACUGCAAUGGCCUGCUAAUGAAAUGCAAAUGACUUACGAAAUACAAAUUUUAUGGGAGACUGUUGAGACUUGCACAAUACUGAGUCCGCACUUUGGUUUUUAGCAUAUUAUGUUUAUUUGCUUUGUUCUGAAGCAUAGUUCAGGUUUGUCUCUGAGAUAAAGUAACAAUUUAGAGGCCAGUGGGAGUAUCAGAAGGUCUGUCGAUGCAUUGAUUUGCAAAAAAGCUUUGUGGACCACAGCACUCUUAUUUUUAUUGAAAUAUGAAAGCCUGGCUACAUGUUAUUACAUGCUUCAUAGUUGUUUUCUUUGUCAUUUAUAUUAAUGCCCACGUGAAAAUGUAAAAUGCACAUUUGUACAGUUUUACAUUAUAUUCAAGUGAGGGAUGGGUGCAUUCUGCAUGGUGGCUUUGUCAACAUUAUGAAGGCGUGGUAUCCUGGCAUAACCGCUGUUUUUCAGGACCCCUCCUAUGCCUUCAGCUUUUUAUUUUCUAAUUACUCCUUUUGAUUAUACAUUUGGGUUGUCAACAGAUGCAGGAUUUUGUCCAAGAACAAAUUACGUAUGGUGACGGUGCUGGGAUUUUAGUUGUUGGUUGUCACCUUGCUUCUUUCUCUCAAUAUAUAUUUUUUUUUAUUACUUGAUGUAUUUCCACUAUCCGCAUUGGCUGCAUGUUGGAGUUCAGGCAGAAACACUGAGGAGCAAGUGGGAGAUAAUACUAAAAUGAAACUCGUGGAUGUCUGACGUCAUACUUUGAAGUCCAUGCUUUCUUUGCAUAUUGGCCUUCAGCAGACUGUUUUAAAUUAAACCAAACAAUUGGAAAAGAUCCAGGAAGAUUAAAAUCCAGCCUCUUUCCAUAUUUCAUUACUUGCUAACUCAGUGUGUAAAAACAAUAAUAAUAAUAAUUGUAAAAUAGCACAAAAAUUUAAGAAGGAGUUUAAGAAAAGGUUAUGUUAGCAGCAACAAAUGUGUUUCUUUAGCGCUACAUACAGCACAUUCUCACAUGGCUUAUUGUCUCUGUUUGACUUAAUGUAAGAUACAAAAAGAAUUAAGAAAUGAAAGACUUUUAAUAAAAGUCCUGGGCUUUUUUGACACUGUGAUUUCCUCUGGUGUGAUUUCAUAACUUGGUCACAAGGUUAUUAACAUGCGGCUUGUAAUAAACCUUGCAAAACACUGAUUUGAACAGCCUGUGUGUGUUGGAUUUUAAACACACCUUCACUGUGUAAAGGAAAAUGUUCAAUUAAAUGAGUAAAGCUCUAAGGAGACGGGUUUAGUCGGCGUCAGCGCUGCCAUACUGUACACAUUUAGGAAUUUUCUGUUUCAAAGAGUUUCAGUUGCACCAAGAAUUGAUUGUGUGGUUCUAAUGUUAGUAUUGCAUAGACUUGUGGGCAUUUUAUUUGCAGGAAAUUGUCAUUGAAACCUGUGCUAGUAUUGGGCAAGGAGUUUAUUUAAAAGAUUACAUAAGAAUUGAAUGUACUAUUGAGUAUAAUUCUCUUAAAUGUAUAUUGAAUUUCUUGAUUUUCUGUUUUAUUUUUUUACUGUCUGAAAUUUUCCAUUGCUGUUUAUUUUGUUUUAUGGAUGAAAUUCAAAGCGUACCUCAUUUCUUCAGCUGCAAUUUUAAAUUGCUUUCCAUUUUUAACAUUAAGAAAAUGUAAUAUAAAAAGUCUAUUGAUGUGAGAAAUCUUCAAAUAAAACCUAUUUUAUGGAUA